UCCCGAAAUUCAUGUCGCAGCUGUCAUUUUGCAAUUUAGUCCUCAGCCUUCUCCCGACCGAACCCGAAGUCCCUCUGCGUGGUCGCUCUCUUCCUCCUUCCUCUCCGACCGGCCGGCACCACCGACGCCGUUUCCCUCCGCGCAGCUCCACGCUGCCUGCGCCUCCUCCCCCUCCCCCACAGUUCCUCUCCCUCCCCAGCGCCGGCGCCCUCUCCCUUGCGCGCGUUACCGGCGCUCUCUUCCUCUCGCAUGUCCCUCCGCAUCGGUAAAAAUCCGAUUUUCCCCCUCCGGCUCUUCGAUCUGCAGCGGUCGUGCUCAGUCUGCGGCGGAGAGUACCAAUACGGCGCGACAGAGCUACUUCUGCCGGUCGCCUGCACGGGGCUGCUGCUGCUUGUCGUCAGGUCUGACUACGACGUGGCUACGGCCCACGCAGCAGCGGCGGCGGGAUGGUGGCGGCGAGCUCCGACAUGUUCCUCCAUCCGCUCUAGGACUCCACCGCCAAGCACACCAACCUCAAGGCAUAUGAUGUGCACCCUUGGUCGCCCGGUCCGACGAACUGCUAACGAAACAACGCCCAACGUCAUGAGUGUGCUCACGUUCUGCAAUCAAGCAACCGCCCUUCUCCGUUCUCCUCCAGCAGCAGCAAAAGGUUAAACUUUGCAAUCGUUUUUUACGGUAAGGAAUCAACCCAUCACCCACAUGAAGUUAGCUAGCUGGGUGAUCCUGAUCCAAAUGAAUUAAAGGUGACCUCCUCAAAGUAGUCCAAAGAGAACCUUGCAAGUCCAAGAGAGAACCACCAUACUUGGCAAAAAUGGCAACAUCAAUGUCAAUCAACAGCAUCUAGGCAUUUGGACGAUAAAACAACAUCAAUAUCAAAGAAUUUGAAGAUGCCUCAAAGCAUAGUUUAGCAAGAAGAACACUGGAGGUAAAAACACAAGCAGGAAACACCGUGGUGUUUGUCUGAAUUUAUUUCCUGCACAUCAAUUUUUUUCUCAACGUCUGUAGAGGUUAUGCUUAUGCUAUUGAAUUUUAAAUUGAACGCAAUUAUCAUUUAGAUGCA